AGGCAAGGCAUUUCGCAAAGCAGCAUACAAUAAGUGCUGAUUCUCAUUACGCUGACCCCCAUACUCAGUAUCUGCUAGCCCACACUCUCCCUCCCAGAGAAACACCUCGGGUCCCACAUAGUAGAUCGACAACGGUCGACGCAUAUAAGCUUACCCAGAACUUUUUCACCUUGCUGAGUUGGACACCUCAACCCUAUCGAAUUCAACGAACACCAUAUUGACAAAAUGGCCGACGCGGACGUAGAUAAGAAUGUGGAGCUAUGGAAGAUGAAGAGGCUCAUCAAGAGUCUAGAGGCCGCGAGAGGGAACGGGACUUCCAUGAUCUCCCUUGUCAUUCCGCCAAAGGAUCAGAUUUCACGGGUAGCAAAAAUGUUGGCAGAUGAAUACGGAACAGCCUCCAACAUCAAAUCACGGGUCAACCGAUUGUCCGUGCUCUCCGCCAUCACCUCCACCCAACAGCGUCUGAAGUUGUACCCACGAGUCCCCAAUAACGGCCUGGUAGUCUACUGCGGAACAGUGGUGACCGACGAAGGAAAGGAAAAAAAGGUCAACUUCGAUUUCGAGCCCUUCAAGCCCAUCAACACGUCUCUGUACAUGUGUGACAACAAGUUCCACACGGAAGCCCUCUCCGAAUUGCUCGAAUCCGACCAAAAGUUCGGGUUUGUCGUGAUGGACGGUCACGGAAGUCUGUUUGGAACCCUGGCCGGCAACACCCGCGAGAUCCUGCACAAGGUCUCUGUCGACCUACCGAAAAAGCACGGCCGCGGUGGUCAAUCCGCGCUCCGUUUCGCGCGUCUGCGUGAGGAGAAACGCCACAACUACGUGCGUAAAGUUGCCGAACUCGCCGUCCAAUUCUUCAUCACCGCCGACAAGGUCAACGUCGCGGGCAUUGUCCUUGCCGGGUCCGCCGACUUCAAGACCACGCUCGCCGAAUCCGACCUCUGGGACCAGCGUCUCGCCGCAAAAGUCAUCAAAGUCGUUGACGUCUCCUACGGCGGCGAGAACGGGUUCAACCAAGCCAUUGAGCUCUGCGGCGAAGUCCUGCAGAACGUAAAGUUCAUCCAGGAGAAGAAGCUCAUCCAGCAGUACUUUGACGAGAUUUCGCAGGAUACCGGGAAAUACUGCUUCGGCGUGGACGAUACCCUCAAGGCACUGGAUUUGGGAGCGGUCGAGACGCUGAUUGUGUGGGAGGAUCUGGAUAUUACGCGAUAUGUGCUGAAGAACCCGGCGACGGGCGAGGAGAUUGUGAAGCAUUUGAAUAAGGAGGCGGAGAAGAAUUCGGAUAACUUCCGCGAUCCGGAGAACAAUGUGGAUUUGGAGACGGUUGAAAAGAUGUCGUUACUGGAAUGGUUCACAUCGGGCCAGCCAUCCAAAUACAAAGAUUUCGGCGCCAACCUCGAGUAUGUGACUAACAGGUCACAAGAAGGAUCGCAGUUCGUGAAAGGGUUUGGAGGGAUCGGGGGCCUGCUCCGGUACAAGGUCGAUUUCCAGCAGAUGAUGUACGAUUCGGAUGAUGAGUACCUUAGCGAUUGAGAGGCGUAAAUCGAUGAGUAGUUGGAUGCGUGGGGUUGGGGUUCAUUGGAGCAGGAUGAUUGCAAAUCACCAGCUGUUGGCACGAGACUGCGGCGACAUGCGGACCCUCGCUCCACUUGAUCUAGAGCGUCACAUAGAGACCCGCAGCCGCCUCUGUACCUCACCUGCGACAUAUCUCAAACCCCGACUGGACCGUCUGUCUGUCGCUGAGAACACGAUUCACCCACCACCGAUUCCGAUCGGCUUUUCACCUCUUGUUCUCUCUUGGCCCGUUUUGCAUAUUUUUAUCUUUUUCUCCCACCACCACCACCACCACCACUCUACAUGUAUAAAUAUUCGUUUUGAUACAGUACUCGCUCGCAUGUUGCUAACCCU